UUCAUACAUGGACCACUUGUUUUUUUUCGCACACAUCAACAGGUCAACAUAACCACAAAAAUGUGAACCGGCUUUUCUAUCAUUUUAGCUGUCAUUGAAUUCAAUCUAUUUUUCAGUAGCAUACAAAACUCACUUAUGAAGCAGUCACCCUGAAACUAUUCUACGAUUAAACACAGAAUUUCAAUAUUCUUCUCAGUUUUUCUUAUUCAGUUUAUAUUGAUGAGCGAAACAGUUCAGCUCUCUUGUAAAAUCAGCUUAAUUUGAAAUCAUCUCAAAGUCAUUGUCGGAAGCAAAAAUUCAUCUCAAUUCAACCACAGUCACUUGAUGUAGUUUGCAGAAGAAUUCUCACACCGCACACUUGGUAUAGUUAUUUGGGUAUUUGGCAUCAAUUAAACCAUUCGAAACACAUGCAAACCAUAGCCUUUCUAAGUGGCCUACAAGAUAAAACCAAAAUUGUCGAGAGUUGACCAGAUUGAAGAAAACUGACUGACGGUUGAUUCCUUUUCUGUCUUUGAAGGUCCACACUCAAUAUUCGGACAUCAGAACCAAAGUAAUCUCAAUUUGAAUACUUUCUGCAAUACUCUUGGAUUUAACAAUUGUAUUUUCGAGAUUUCCAUUCGCCACCAUCAACCAAAACAUUCCGCAGCUUAUCACACACAAGUCUGACAAUGGCAACCACUGACUCAGCAUCCAAAGAAUAUAACGUCAAAGGCAUUUUGAACAUCGGUGAAAAGCUGUACCUGAACGAGGAGAUGGCCGACAUUUAUUUCGAUGUCGAGUUCAACGAUCAGUAUGAACGUAUUCCGGCGCACAAGCUGUUGUUAGCCAACGCGAGCGACGUCUUCCGUUCAAUGCUCAAUGGGUCUUGGCUGGAGAAAGAGGAAGCUAAGAUAGUCGACGCUUCUCCGUCUGCGUUCAAGGAAUUUCUGCAAUUCAUUUACUUGGGCCGAGUAAAAGUGACAACUGCAAACGUGGCUCAAGUGAUGAACAUGGGAAAAAAGUAUGACAUCCUCGCAUGUUUGGAUGCGUGUCAAGACUUCUUGCUAAACACACUCACCAAUGAGAACAUGUGCAUGGGCUAUGGACUUGCGAUACUUUUGGAAGACGAACGAUUGAUGGAAUUUUGUGAGAACAAAAUCAAAUGCAACACGAACGAAAUACUCUCAUCAAGCAGUUUUCUGGACUGCGAUCAAAAGGUGUUGAAACGAAUUUUGCAGUUGGAUUGGCUUUCUUGCACUGCUGCCAAUGUAAAUGAAGCGUGUAUGUCAUGGCUAAAGUCGGCUAGCAAACAGGAGCAAUUGACAAGGGAAAUUGUUCAGAAACAUCUCGGUGAUUUAUUUUACGAAAUACCAUUUGGAUCGAUGUCGCCCAAAGAGUUCGCUGCAUUUGAUCGUUCAUAUGAGAGCCUAUUCAAGGCCGAUGAAUACAGAGAAAUUAUUCAAAUGUUUGCAUCCGAAGACUGCGAAUCGAAAAUAUUCUGUGCAAAUCGUGGAAUACUCUAUGGAAUCAGUCCAACGUGGAAUGAAAACGCUGUGGUCACAUGUGAUCGACUGAUUUCCAAUAGAAGUUCAUAUUUCAUCAAAAACGUUGAAAUGACCACUUUCUCCGUCAACAAAACAAUUUUAUUGGGAGCGAUCACUUGUCAAUGUUUAUACGAGUCUGAAAAUAAUAUAUAUAAACUUUGCAACAAAAAAGUUCCAACGAAAAUAAUGAUAACGAAAUUCAAUGAAUCAACUGAUUCGGGUGAAGAAGUUUUCGCUCAUAACCGCAAAGUGGAUUUAGACAAAGAAACACGCAUUCUUCUACCCUAUCCAAUACUCAUCAAAUCGGGAUUCGUAUACAAAAUCCGAAUGGAACAAGAUCCACCAGCCAACUGCUGUACGGCCUUUCAUCUAAAGACUGAAGUGAAAAUCGAGUCUGGUAUUACUGUCAAAUUCCACGGUUCUACUGAAGGAGAUGACAAAGUGAUGGAAGGUUUAAUUUACAAAUUUGAAUUAUACCGAAUUUCAACAUAAUACCACUAAUAUCUAAACAAAUUUUCACAAACCAAAACAAAACAUGUUGAUCAAAAAUAAUUGCAAAAUGUAAUGACCCUAAAAUAGAACUCACACGGUGUCUGGUAAAAUGAACCAAAUUGAAAAAUGUUAAUCAUUUAUUUUUCAAUUUUCCCCUUAAUAAAUAAAUAUCUUGGUUAGAAGACAUUUGAUUCAAAAAAGAAAUAGCAUGUAUUUUGAAUGUAAAUCGAAUUGCGCUCCAAUUUGAGCCAUAGUAACGUUUGAGUUGACAAGCUAUGUACAUUUGCUCACACAUAAGCUGUCAUUAGAAUCGGAUCAAGUCAGAGUAAUGUCAUAUGCAAAUACAUGAGCAUAUGUCAAAUGCAAACUUAGCGGAAAUAUUAUUCCAGCUGUCACAGAAUACAAACAAAAGAAAAUUAAAUAAUUUCACUUUGUUAGGAAUUUCCAUUCUAUCAUCCGAAGAAAUUUAAUAAAUUACAUUUACUAAGUCCAUAAAUUCAAACAACAUUACGAUUUUUAUUUGUUUGCUGUUUCAUUGCCACUUUGUAGAAAAUAAUCAGUUCAAGAGUCAACAAUCAACAUUCAUUUCCAAUCGAACCUAACCUCAUUUUGUUCAAGCCCACUGAUAACACCGGAAAACCGUUGCCACAGUGCAUUGAAUUGCUGCAAUCGACAUCAAUUCUAGAGUACUCCCUGCUUGCUGCAAACAGUGAAAACACAAUACUCUCCAGCCAUGUCAGCCGCCAGUCCAACUGCCAAUGAAUUGGUGAGUGGAGUUUACGCGACGAUUGGUGCCAAAUUGUACUUGAAUGAAAGAAAUGCCGAUUUCCAUUUCAUGUUCGAGUCGAGCGAUGGUCAAUAUGAACGAGUUCCAGCCCAUAAAUUGUUGCUAACCACGGUCAGCGAUGUGUUUGAAACGAUGUUCAAUGGGUCGUGGCUUGAAAUGCAUGAAGUCGAGAUUGUCGAUGCGCCGAUCGCCUCCUUCAAAGAGUUCCUGCAAUUCUUCUACUUGGGUCGAGUGAAACUGACCAUGGACAACGUAGCCAAAGUCAUGUAUCUCGCCAACAAGUACAACGUAACUGAAUGUUUGGCCCUGUGCACAAAGUUCUUGAGACGAACAAUCACCAAUGACAACGUUUGUUUGGCUUAUGGCCUAGCGAUUCUCCACGAACAAAGCGAUUUGAAGAGGCUGUGUGAACUGAUGAUUGCAAUCCAUACAAAGGCUGUCUUUUCAUCAGAGAAUUUCUUGGAAUGCGACAAAAAGACUCUUGGACACAUUUUGAAACUGGAUUCGUUUUCCUGUUCGGAAGCUGACGUUUUCGAGGCAUGCAUGGCUUGGGUUAGAAAUGCUAGCGAAGAAGAAAACUUGACGAAGGAAAUUGUUAAAACUCAUCUGGGCGAAUUGUUCUACGCAAUUUAUUAUCCGUCAAUAUCAAUUGAAGUCUUUGCCAACCUCGAUCCUUCGUACGGCGGUCUAUUUACACUCGACGAAUACAGAGAAAUUGUUCAGUUGAUCGGAAACAAAAACUUUCAAGCCAAACUGUUCAAUGGAACACGUCGACAACGUUUUAAAGGGAUCGUAUGUGAUAAAGCGCUUGAAAUAGAUUGUACUCGAGCAAUCGCGAAUAAGUAUUCCUUCGUGCCUUAUUACAUUAAAAAUAUUGAAACUACAAGAUUCUCAACCAAUGAGCCAUUAGCAUUAACUUCUUUCUAUUGCACAAAAACGAUGAUAUACCAAAAUGGGACGUAUGAAAAUCUCAAAGAAAAGUUGCCAUCCGAAGUAUCGGUUGUUUAUGUUUCUGCCACAGGUAAAGAAUUUGUUCUGCACAAUAGCACAACCAAUUUAAAGCUCGACGAUAUUUCACGUAUAUCAUUGGCCAAACCCAUUCUCAUCAAACCCGGUUUGAUGUAUGAAAUUCGAUUCAAACAAACCCCACCGAACAACUGUUGUACGGGAAUUCAGAUGAAAACGGAAAUACAAUUGGAGCCAGAUGUUACUGUGCAAUUCCACAAUGAUCCAAUACCUGAGAAUGAUGGCAUUGCACGAGGACUAUUGCGUGGUCUAGUUUUGAAUAGAAUUUAAGGAAAGUGAUUCACAUUUAAAACUCAGCAUAAAAAUCCACUUUGCGCUGAAUAAUAAUGCAUUUAAAGUAUUUCUCAGCAGUUUAUUCAUAAAUCAAAUCGGCCUCUUCGGAAAUCAUCAUUUCAUUAAAAUUAGAAUAAUCAAUCGAUUCGAUCUCCAAACCAAACCAACUGUUAUUCAUUAAUGUCAUUGAAAUAAAGUAAUUUUGAAUGGA